UUAAUUUGUUAUGUGUGUAUUAGUAAUUUUUGUAUUGUUGGUGUUCUGCUUUUUACUUUAUUAGAGCGUAAGGUUUGGGUUAUAUUCAGAUCGCGUAAAGGUCCUAAUAAGUAUGAGUUCUAUUCUAUGAUGUUGGCAGGUCGAUCAUCUAAUUCUAAUUAUGCAUUAUUGGGUGGUUUACGAGCUGUAGCUCAAACUAUUUCUUAUGAAGUUAGUAUAGCGUUGAUUUUAUUAAGAUUUAUUAUUUUGGUGGUUUUGGGAUUAAUUUAUUUCUUGUUCAUCAGUUAUAUGUUUGGUUUUUUUGUUACUGAAACUAAUCGUACUCCUUUUGAUUUUUCUGAAGGUGAAUCAGAAUUGGGAUCGGGUUUUAAUGUUGAGUAUAGAAGAGGUGGAUUUGCAUUGAUUUUUAUGGCUGAAUAUUCAAGAAUUUUUUUAUGAGAAUAUUAACUAUUUUAAUUUUUUUGGUGGUGAUUUAUUUUCUUUAUUAUUUUAUUUUGGUUUUUAUAUCAUUUGUUUUUAUUUGGAUUCGAGGUACUUUACCUCGUUUUCGUUAUUAUAAAUUGAUGUAUUUG